AUGAAUAUAAUAUUCAGGUUAUUAUCCAUUGAAAGAAUCAAGUAUGAAUUAGAAGAAGCCUUGUUGAAUGCUGUUCGUCAAUUGGACCGUUUGAAAAAAUAUCGUAUAAGUCAACAAACACGCAUUAAUCAAUUACAAGAACGAUUAGAUCAUAUGGGACAUGAGCUGAACUCUAGUGUUGAUACAAUUCGUCAUCAUCGAAACGAUUAUGAAGCACAAAAACGUAGAAACUAUAUGGAAAUUACUGAUUUACGUAAACAAUUAGCCAAAACAAGUGCUUUAUUAGGACAGUUUAAAUUAUUGUUCAGUAAAGCUGACCUGAAUAAUGAUUGUUGGAGCCAAAAUAUACGAGUGUUCGUUGGAAAUUCACUGAAAAAUUUACACACAACUAAUGAACUGCAAGAUAUAGAUACUUUAAGUAUCGAUGAUUUAAAACUGAGAUUAUCUAUUGCUGAAAAUGAGCUUACUCAAUUGAGAUCAGAUAUGGCACAUCAAAGAGAAGAUGCUGAUCGUGAGGCAUCAAGACUUCGCGGUCAGUUAGGUGAAGUGAAUUCAGAUGCAAGAACUCUACGAAUGCAGUUGAAUCGCCUUAUAUCACAAAGCAAGUCUCCAAGUGAACUUAAUGGUCUAAAGAAUAAGAACUCAUCUGAUUCCCCGAGUUGUACAAAUUGUCAGAAGCUUCAGCGUCUCAAUGAUAUUUUACAACGUAAACAGUCUAAAAUGAACAUGUUUCCUGAUGUAAUCAAUCGUCAAGGGAACAUGAUGAAUCAUGCAAGUAUUGUUUGUGAGAACAGUACAUUUACUCAGAAAGCAAUACACAAGCCCCAUGUUAUAGAUGAUCUCGUCCAAACAGAUUUAUUGGAUGACAUUCCCAAAACCGACUUGAUCCAAAAAGUUGACAUAGCUACUGACCCUAUAGAUGGAUAUAAUAACGCUUCACCAUAUCUGCCCGUGGAAAGCUGUAAAUGUAUUCAAACGGAAUCAUUUAUUGUAGGCGGUGACGUAACGUUACCGGAAACUCCCGUAAACGGUGAAGUCUCUUUUAUUGGUGAGGCUUUACAAUACAGUAUUGUACACGAACCGAGUAUGCUGAGUGAGGUGGAGUUAAAUAGUGUUCCUGUGUCUGACAAAUGCACACGAGUAUCAAUAAUCGGAAACAAUAAUGCACCACCGGUAAUAAACGAUAGUCGAAAUUCGAUGCUUCAUUCAGUGUAUGAAUCAAAAUAUGAUAACCUGACUAGUCCCAGCCAAAGUGUCAGUGAAGAUUUAUCAUAUUCUCAAUUGUUGCAGCGAUUAAGAAGAGCUGAAGAAGAAGCGAUUAUGGCUAUGGAUCAGUUAAAAUCAAAACGUGCACAUUUAAAAGCAACUAUUUCCGGAUUGGAUGAACAAGUUAGUCAAUAG